GCUCGAGCGCUCAGAAGAAGAAACCAGUAUAGCUCUGUAAAACGGUGGGAAAGAGAUGUUCUUCUCCUUUAGAAAGGUGUUCCUGAAGAAAAAUAUGAAAGGCAAUCAGGUGAGGAAGGUCGUUCGCCGAGGAGCUCCGGACGCCUGAGGAACCUGUCGGUGAUGGUUUCGAUUGGUAUUCCAGAGCCUCUGGCGGAGACUUUUAAGUAUUCUAAUCUUGGAUGGACGUGGGAAGGGCAGAAAAAAGAAUCGAUCAUCAUCGAGAACGACGACUACGUUCGCUUUCGAUUGUCACUGCAACCACCGGUGUGCUUCGAUUGCCGCAUACUCAUGGAUUCCCAUAUUGCGCUCUAUCAACACUGCCGCACGCAUCAUCCGAAGAGUUUAGUCAUCGCUCAGUGCUGUGAGGCUGAAUUCUACACUUUACUUGCUUUCGCAGCGCAUUGCGAAUCUGCUCACACAGGACAGCACAUCUGCAUCAGGUGCCACAAAUUCUUUGAGUCAAGAGCGGCUCUGGACAACCAUGUGUUCGAACACAGGUCCGACGCAGGGAGCUAUGCCAUAUUCUGCAUUGUGUGUGGUAUGUUCGAGACAUCCGAGGCGGGAAUCGAAAGUCAUCUUCGGCGGGAACACGACAUCGACGAAGGGAAAGAAUCGCAUUACAUUUGCCGCGUCCCUCGGCUCGCUCUAGAGAUGACGAAAAUCCUAUCGGAGAAUAAGAAUCAGGAAGGUGCCCUGCAAAAAGCUCCGUGCUCGUUCACACCGACCCUGAAAGACUGCAUGACGUACACUCUCCAAGGUGCUCUGUCAAUGGCGUGAGGAUACGAUCAGCUAUCUCUUAGAGCAGACUCGUCCCAGCUCAGCAUCUGCGAGGAUCCGAGCAGCGAGCAAUCACGGAUGCUGAAGUGACUAAUGAAUCGUCCAUGCCAGUCUGGAAAUUACUGAGAGGAUCCUUAUCACCGAUGAGACCGAAAGUUUUUCAACCGGAAUAUUUUCGUUCGAGCUCGCUUGAGCUCGGAAUUUUAAUUUCUCAUCAUCGACGAUACUCCCAUUCCCCAUCGAACGUUGUACGGUAUCAUGGAGCGUCUUUCUGACAAACUUGGUAAUAAAUCGAAGAUACGUUUCAAAAUUUGUGAAAAAAA